GAGUCAAACGCCAAACUCCCUUGUGUUAUUGUCUCGCCCUUGUCGUUUGACCUCCACGUGCCUAUGAGUCGCUCUUUAUCCCCGAACUACGCACUGCUUUCAAAUUCGCCCAUAUCACGAUCAUCCUAACGAGUUACAAAUAUGACAAGACCUCAAAUCGUUCGAGCUGACACUAUUGACCUCCAAGAUCAGCAUGCCCCCUCGGCUAAAGAUCAUACGAAUCAAAAUAUAAACCCAGCCCCUGUAGAAGGAGGCCUCGCCCCCCACCAAGAGCAAUCUAUUCGCCAUGCGGUCCGAGAUUCGAGCGCUGAGAUAUCGCACGGACCCGACUUUGACGAAGAUGAAGAGUACGGCGAUAGGAUCGAUAUAUAUCAUGAUACGGAGGAUAUAGAUGGAAAUCACCGAAGUGACACGGGGGGUUCGUCAGAAGAUGGCGAUCUUGCUGACGUGGAGGGCGAUGAUCUCAUGGACGAUGAUAUGAUGGAUAAGAUCUCAAGCUCCCCGUCGAUUGAUGAUGAAGACAUCGACUUUGAGUUCGUUUAUGCCCUUCACAAUUUCGUUGCAACUGUCGAAGGACAGGCCAACGCAGCGAAAGGAGAUACCAUGGUCCUGCUGGACGACAGCAAUAGUUACUGGUGGCUUGUGCGAAUUGUGAAGGAUGGUAGUAUUGGAUAUUUGCCCGCCGAGCACAUCGAGACCCCCACCGAAAGACUGGCCAGACUGAACAAGCAUAGAAAUGUUGAUCUUUCUGCGACGAUGCUCGGUGACAAUUCCGAAAAGUCCAAGAACCCGCUCAAGAAAGCAAUGCGCCGGAGAAACGCAAAAACAGUCGCUUUCACGGCCCCGACUUAUAUCGAAGCGUCGGAUGUUGAGUAUUCUACCGAUGAAGAAUUGGAAGAUGGCGACUUUUUCGAUGAUGAUGAAGAGACAAUUGAAAGAGAUGAUGUCGAUUUACAAGACGGCCAGAAUGAAGACAUUGUGGUUGAGCCUCUGAGACCAAAACCGCAACGGGAGAAGGGUGCCGAGGAACCGGAAGAUCAGCACGAGGCAGGGGAAUCCGAUCGAGCAAGCCCUGAGAAACAACGCUCUAGUGAGGAGCUGAACGAGUUGGAAGAAAAUACACCCAGCAGGUCCAGAAAUGGUACUGUGCGAAAUACGGACUCUUUCUUCAAGGAUGACUCCGUUGAGACGAAGAAGAUAUCUCUGACUCCUAAUCUCCUUCGCGAUGAAAGUUCAAACGCCGAAGCCAAAGAGGAGCGCAUUAGUUUUGAGGCUAUCGACAAGGCCCUCAGUGCCAACGACAAACUCAAAGAGGACAAGAAGCGGAAGGAUAAGAAACCGGGGAUGCUUAGUGGACUGUUCAAGAGGAAAGACAAGAAGAGCAAAACAGCCGAGGAGGAGGUCGAGGAACCAGAAAAGGUCUCAGGAGAGAACUCUCGGUCUUCGCCACAACCCAAAACCUCGUCAGAAUCAGUAUCAUCGCCAGAAUCUCGGUCAACUAAAAUUCCAGGACCCCAAAAGCAAAGCGGCAAAUUGCAGAAACAGCCUCCAGGAGCCAUGUCCCCUACCAAGCGUGAUAUGGGUAAUGACGAAGCAGCACCAACAUCCAAAGGGAGGGCAGAUCGAUCCAUUCGACAAGUGGUGCCAGAAGAAGCGGAUGAACUUCACCAGGUUAGCACAAGGUUAUCGGAUGAUGUGCGGGAGACGAUCUCGUCCCCUACUGGUCCGACCAGUCCGACUAGCCCUACUAGCCCUGUCAAGGAGUCAUCUUCUGCCUUUAUCAACGCAUUGGCGUCGCCAACCGGAUCCAAUAACGGUGGACAGCGACCAGGUCCGUUUGAUCGAGUGACUCCCACCCAACACUCUGUGACAUCUCCGCCCCAGAGAUUCCAGCCAAAGCCGAGAAUGGAACACCAAGGCCGAAGUCUGGAAUCACCCAUCGAUGUCUCACCUCUCGAAACUCAUAACUCCGGAGCACCUGGACUGGCCAUGGAUCUCUCAUCUCCAGGUGGACGCUCUGAAUCUCCAGCUUCCCCACCAAUGUCUCCAUUUGGCGAUGUGAAUGAAAUCAAAGUCACCGAGGCAAACCGUGAAUCUUUGGACAACAUCUCCGCCAACACCCCAACAUGGAGUGAUGCUAGCUUGCGGUCGUACCUGGAUGAUGACAAUGAUAUUCGAGAUCUGUUCAUUAUCGUCCAUGACAAGUCUAAUGUUCCUCCUGCUGGUCCCGAGCAUCCAAUUACAGGUAGCCUUUUCAAGGAAGAGAGUAAGAGAUUGAAGGAGAUGACCAGUCAACUUGAUGGGAUGUUAUCCCAAUGGGUUCACCGGCGAAAGCCAAACUCAGCAACCAUAUAAGCGGGCCCAGGUUGGCUGGCUUGAAGUUGUUUGAUUACAUGGUAUAUAUCAGAGAUACCUUACCUAUACAGCUUGACCGCUGUAUGCAUUAUUUGAAUGACAGCCAAUCGGCCUUGAUAAGUCAGGGCCAAUAGCUCACGAUGUGCUGGACGCAUAAUUAUACGUGGGCUGAUUCUAUUUCUUUAUUCGACUCCUACCUUCGACCUUCUUUGCCUUUGUUCUUUUUAUUUUUCCAUUUGUUUGCCAAACGAAGCGUGGUCUACAAUACCCGUCCCAAGACUGCUUCAUUCCAAGACUAGAUCUUUCUGCUGUUUCCAAUCAUCGACACUUUGCUGCGUUGAAUGUGCGUUUUGCUUUGUGCCUGUGUUUGAGUCCACUCCUGUUCUCCUUGUG